UUUGCCGGAUUAUCCCGAUCUCUGCAGACACCCCAGUUAAGAAAAAGAGGCUGGGGAAGAACCCUGAUGUCGACACCAGCUUUCUUCCAGACAGGAAAAGAGAGGAGGAGGAAAAUCGCCUCAGAGAAGAGCUUAGAUAGGAAUGGGAGCGGAAACAGAAGAAAAUCAAGGAUGAAGAAGGGCAAUACUAUUCAACAGUUUCUCCAAAGUGCCCUGGAAGUUCAAAGAAAAGACUUCAGUGAGUUAAGAUUUGCUCGAGUGGAGAAGCUUAUGUAUAUUAAGGAGGAUUUAAUCAUCUCUCAUCACCACAGCUUCUAUGACUUCAUUGUGACAAAAGCUAGAGGCAAAAGUGGGCCACUUUUCAGUUUUGAUGUUCAUGAUGAUAUUCGAUUGGUAAAUGAUGCUACAAUUGAGAAAGAUGAGUAUCAUGCAGGAAAAGUGGUUCUGAGGAGCUGGUUUGAAAAAAAUAAACACAUAUUUCCUGCCAGCCGCCGGGGGCCUUAUGAUCCAGAAAAAAAUGGGACAAAUACAGGAUCAGAUGAAGCAGUUCUUCCAUGUGGUUUUCAAAAUCUCUUGCAGUUUAUUUUUUCUUCUCGAAGAUAUCAUAUGCACUAUCAUUAAGAUAUUCUAAAGCUGUUGUGUGCAUUGUAUCUCUAACAUGUCAUACUUAUUAAAUGACCUUAAACAAUUUACA